ACUUUAAUCGGAGAUACUAAAAAUUUAGGCUAAAUAAGUUCAUAAAUCAAAAUACCAUAAACCGGUCUCCUUAGGGAUGUAAACAAUAUGGCGACUAAAGCAAGUGCUUUUACGUUCAGCACGUAUAAAAACGGAGAUCCACAAGAUGAUGAUGACAGACCAAAUGCUAUGGGCAAAUCACCACUUGGUUUAGCAUGUACAUAUGGGCAGUUAGAAGAGGUUGAAAAACAACUUAAAGCAGGAGGUAAUCCUUUAGAUAAGAGUGUAAAUGGUAGAACAGCUCUUCAUGAUGUGGUAGUUGGAGGAUAUAAAGACUGCUUAAAACUCUUGUUAGACUACACAGCAGAGGUCAAUAUUAGGGACAGGGAUGGAAUGACACCAGGGCAUGUGGCAGCUUUUAAUGGAGAACUUGGAUGUAUAAAAAUUUUACAGGACAGAGGGGGUAGUUUAGUAUCAGAAGAUAGGAAGGGUAGACAAAUAGCCCACUAUGCUUCCAUGAGAAACCAUAAAAAGAUUCUACAGUAUUUAUUUGAUCAGAGAGUAGACUUAGAUUGUCGUUGUCAUCUAGAUAAAACUCCAGUACAUUAUGCUGCCCAACAUGGUGCCUUGGACUCAGUGAUUUUAUUAGUCCAGAGAGAUUGUGAUAUCACUAUAGCAGAUAAUAACGGAUACUUGCCAGCCCACCAUGCUGCUAAACAUAACAAAGUAGACUGCUUACGGUUCUUAGUUAAGCAGGGAACACCAUUAGAGGCUACACAAUCUGAUGGAAAAAGUCUUGCACAUGUGGCAGCCCAGUUUGGAGCAUUAGAUGUUGUUCAUUGGUUGUUUGAUAAAGGAGCAAACCCAAAUCAGCAAGAUCAUUUUGGUAAUACACCUGGUCACUAUGCCUGUGAAGGAGGAAAACCUGAAUGUUUAAGUUGUUACAUAUUUCAUGGAGGUGAAAUAGACAUACAGAACAUAAAAGGAGACACACCCCUGGAUUCUGCUAAAAAAUCUGGCCAUCCGUUACUUAUGGAGAAAGCAUUGACAAGAGAGAAGCCCUGUGAUACCUGUUAUAAGAAACAUAAGAAAGUAGAAUGGGAUAGAUCACAUCCUCUGGCUCCAGUAGAGAGACAACUGACCACAGCAAAAUCUGUAGCCUAUAAAAAUCCUGUUCCAAACCAAGAGAGAGAACCUACACAGCUACAGAUCAACUUAAAGAAAAGGGAGAAAAGAUUAGAGAAGUUGCUACCAAAAAAGACAGGUCCAGAACGUGAUGUGGGAGCCAAGUAUUUUGGAGAAUUUUUAGAUCCACUUGAUGUGUUCGCUUAUAAAUCAACAGAGGAUGCCAUAAGAUUUUAACCUAUGAUUCAUACAUCUUUCCACAGGCUCCAAAACUUCAUCUUUAGACAUCCUUUUUAUAGCAUGCAUGAUUCAAAACAGAAUAUGAAGAAAAAUAGUUUACUGGCAUGUUGCAAGUGUCUACUUAUAAAAGGAAAUAAUAUACUAUUAAUCAAUUAGUUUCUGUUAUUUGUACCUAGAAUGAAAGGAGAGAUCAUCAUUGCUGUAAUAUUGACUGUCUAUCUACUGAAAUCUAUUAAUUCCUGUUAUCUGUACCUAGAAAACGAUAAUAUAGUGACUAUUUUGUGUACAUUUUGCAUGUUAAUGAGUGUUGAUCACAAUUUGUUGUGAAUGUUCACAGUACAAUGUGGUAAAUUGUUUAACUUCAUGGAGGAACCUUACUAGAGUGUGGCGCUCAU